CUGCGAAAUAACAUAAUUUUCCAAAUUUCUUUUAUUUUUAGUCAACAUUCCUGGUAGUUACCGUCAGCAUAAGGAGACCAUUUCUUAUUCAAUUUCAGAUCAAAACCAUCCUCUGUUCAUGAGCCUUCACGGAAAUGAAAACUUCCGUCCCUCUCUUCCUCUUCUUCUUCUUCUUCUUCUUCUUCUUCUUCACAGUGGUGUGGUUUGAUCUUCCGCUCUGUUCCGCCGACGACGCCCACGAGGAAUUUAAAGCUUGCAGUCUCUAUUACAACUGCGGAGAUUUGGUAAACGUAACGUAUCCGUUUUGGGGGAAUGAGCGGCAGGAAUUCUGCGGCCGCCGUGAAUUCAAGCUCAAUUGCAAACACAACAAAACCACUACGAUCGAAAUCAGUUCUAUUGAAUUUCACGUUCUCAACAUCAGCCGAUCCAAACAUACAAUGACAAUCGCAAGAUCGGAUCUCCGAACUGAUUACUGCCCUAAAAUCGAAACCAAAACGACGACGAUUGAUUAUCGUCUCUUCAAGUAUACUUUGAACGAUCUGAAUCUCUCUGUCUGGUACGAUUGCCCGCUGCAACCUGGAAUUCUCGACAAUUACAGAUUCACGUGCGGAUCGGAGGGGGAAAUACGAGGGAGAGCGAAUUACGCUUUCGAAACGGAAGCGCUGAAUCGGAGUAGAAACAUGAGCGAGUGUAGACUGAACAUCGAAGUGACAAUUACAAAAGAGGUAUUCGAAGAAACACACAAGAACAGAACGAUGGCGGUGGAGCAGGGUGUGAAAAGAGGGUUUGAUGUGGAAUACGGGGAUUUCUACACGGUGGCGUGCGAGGGGUGCAAGGUAUACGGCGGCAAGUGUGGAGGGAACGCCACCCAUGAGUUUUACUGCAUUUGUAGCGAUGGAGACAUCCAUCCUUACGUUUGCAAGUCUCCUCCUCCUCCUGGAGACAAUGAUGUUUGGAAGAAGUACGUCAUAGGUUUUAGCUGUGGUUUUGGCGGCGUAAUGAUGAUGAGCGUAGCCUUUUUCAUCUGGUUUCGUUUGCACAAAAAGAAGCUUGCUCGUACUUAUACUCCUUCCUCCUUUCUCCUACGAAACAAUUCUAGUAAUCUUCCUGCGAAGGAGCUUGAGACGGGAGAAGAUUACAUGGGUGUGCCUUUGUUCUCUUACGAAGAGCUUGAAAAGGCCACCGACAGGUUUAAUCCGGCCAAAGAACUUGGAGAUGGCGGCUGUGGCACUGUCUACUACGGCAAACUUCCCGAUGGGCGUGAGGUCGCUGUUAAACGAUUGUUUGAAAAUAACUACAGAAGAGUUGAGCAUUUCAUGAAUGAAGUUGAGAUCCUUACUCGUUUGCGCCACCCACAUCUUGUCACCCUUUAUGGAUGUACCUCUCGACACUGCCGUGAACUUCUGCUGGUUUAUGAAUUCAUCCCAAACGGUACUGUUGCCGAUCAUCUUCACGGCGAACGAGCAAAACCCGGUGAGCUUCCAUGGCAUACAAGGUUGAAGAUUGCCAUAGAGACUGCAAGUGCUCUGGCUUUUCUCCAUGCCUCUGAGACUAUCCACCGUGAUGUUAAAACUACCAACAUUCUCCUCGACAGCAACUUCGGUGUUAAAGUCGCCGAUUUCGGACUAUCUCGGCUUUUUCCUACACAAGCCAGCCAUGUUUCAACUGCACCACAGGGAACUCCUGGCUACUUAGAUCCGGAGUAUCACGAAUGCUAUCAACUUACGAUUAAAAGCGACGUGUUUAGCUUUGGAGUCGUGUUGGUUGAGCUGAUAUCUUCGAAGCCUGCAGUUGAUAUCACUAGGCAUAGGCAUGAGAUAAACUUGUGGACAAUGGCAAUCAAUAAGAUUGGGGGCGACGAGUUGCAUGAGUUUGUGGAUCCAUGUCUUGGAUUUGAAACGGAUGAAAGAGUGAGAGACAUGAUAUGUGGAGUUGCAGAGUUGGCAUUUCAAUGCUUGCAGAGUGUGAAAGACACAAGGCCGACAAUGUCGGAGGCGUUGGAAAUUCUUAAGAACAUAGAGAGUCAGCAUAGUGGGCAAGGAAAGACAGAAGAAAUAAACGUUUCAGGAGAGGAGGAUGUGGUGGUGAAGGGUGAGUUAGUGCCGGAAUCUCCAGAUUCCGUUGUGGUCCCUUGGAUGAGCAAAUCUUCAACCCCGAAUUGCAGUGGCUGAGUUUGAUCUUUUCUGUGGUUUCAUGGUUAUAAUAUGUGUCAAACUCUAUAGCUCUGCCAUUUUCGUCAGCUUUGUUAAGCCUUUUUAGGUGAAUCAGAUGUGUACAUAUUUGAGAUUGAAUGUAAAGCUCGUGUUGUCAUUCUCCAUCCACUGUCUCCUAGCUCAAAAUCGAAGUAAUGGAAAGAAAUAUAUUGAUUU